GCACGCGCUGAUAGUGCCAAGACUCUAUGCUUCUGUUGAGUCACAUUUACCAUUUCGUUGGACAGUGCAUUGGACUAUUUCUGAAACUGUUGGCUGGAAUGUUUGUUGGACAGAGCCUGUGGCCAGAUGGCUAGACCAUAGCCCAUGUAGCUGAACGCUUCGUUUCCAAUGGCAUAGGGCGCCUCUUUCAAACCCUGCUCGAUCACGUGACUCAGCUUCGAAGGACGAUAGUCAAGUGACUAACUAACUCAACCACUCAUUCUUGUUUCGAGUUUUUCGGGAUGAGUCUUUCAGUCGGUGACCAAAUCUCACACACACUCAAACAUAUGUAACAAUGUUACUCUCCUCGGCCGGCUAGUCAAAUGUAACUGUAAAUAAACUCAGCAUGUAAAUAUGUUACUAAUGUAACCAAUCAAAAAGUUGAAAUGUAUACCUAGGCCUGACUCCGUGCAAUAUUGUAGUAUACUUCAAGACCUUCUAGUGCCUUCUAUGUUCAAGUAUUCCGUGCCUUCUUUAUUUGGUCUCUCUCAAGUGAUAUAUCAAUCUGCUUGAGUUCAUGGCGUGCUAUCUCUUCAUUGCUCUGUAUGUCUGUAUACUAAGUUUCUAAACAAAAUCAAAGCAAUAUAAAUCUAUUUUAUUUAAGAAGUUUUUGUGUAUAUAACCUACGUCAGCUCGUCCUUGACCUCUCUUGGCUAUUCAACCUUUGAGUCAUUCCUGUUGCCUUAUCGCCAAUUACGUCAGUGUGUUGGCAGUUGUCCGUAGGGCACUCAGGACCUGGCGAGUUGUGCAGACCCCAAGUGCAAUAUUUAAGUGUUCUUGUUUAUUUUGAUUUUUUAAACAUUGAAAUUAAUUCACGUGACUAACUCGCCUUAAAUGUACGUCCUAUUUGCUGUUGGUUUCCAUUGACAUUUUGAUGUCACUUUUAUUUUUGUGAGUUGACAUUUUGAUGUCACUUUUGUUUUUGUGAGUUGACAUUAUGAUGUCACUUUUGUUUUUGUGAGUUGACAUUUUGAUGUCACUUUUGUUUUUGUGAGUUGACAUUUAAAACUCACACAUUUUGUUUAAAUUUGUAUUUAUUGUUUAAUUAAAUCUUGUGCAAUAAAUCAAUCAAAGUUUAGUCUGAUACAGUGCAAUAAAUCAAUCAAAGUUUAAUCUGAUACAGUGCAAUAAAUCAAUCAAAGUUUGACCUGAUACAGUGCAAUAAAUCAAUCAAAGUUCAACCUAAUGCAAUACUGUUAGUGAACAUUUCAUGUGCAAUCAUUGCUGUGCAAUACCAAGUAAAAAAAUACAUUUUUGAGGAUUAGUGUUCGCAAAUAAACUAAAAAAAUUUCAAUAAAAUAAAUCGGAUUGAUUUUCGGUAGUCGUCAAAAUCUUGUGAUUAAAAGGGAAAAAGAAAAAUGAACUUGAUAGUAUCUAAUUGAAUUCUAUUGCCUUGAACUAGUUCGUUAAUAAACUUAGCGAAACCUAAUACACAUGACAAUACUUGAAGCCUCUCUGUGAGAACACUACACUUUCCUUAGUGCUAGACAUCGAGUAGGUCUGAUCCGCACACAAUGCCUCGGCAUUUUUUAGUCAAACGUCACAAAAACUGCCACCUAUUGAGCUCCUACAAAGGUCAAGGUCCUGCAGCCCAGGACAGUUUAGAUAAUGUCCUGUGUACUACUAUCAUAGACACAGACAAACAUACAAUUGUCAGAGAAGGAGACGCCUUCGGAGACUAUUACCCUUACGGCUCUCCUGACUCUGGCUACGCCGCCAGCCCGGGUCACGUGAUCGGCCAGCACGAGAACGUUUUGAAACUGGACAGCAGGGAGAGCAACAACAACAGCAGCCACACAUUGACCAACAACAACAGUGGCCACACAGUGAGCUACAGCAGCAGCUUGUAUGACAGUCUCCUACACAAAUCCGCCUACAGCAGCAUUUGCACCGGCGCUGUAGUAACGGGGGAAGAAGACGACAUGAUGGACGCCCCCAUCGAUCUCAGCAUGCCCAGCAAGAAAGUGACGGCGCCCUCGCCUACGCCAAUCCUCAUGCAUUCGGAAACAGGCUACACCGCUCAUCGCCAUUUUGAACAUCGUCAUCACGCUCAUCCAACAGCAACAUUCGUUUAUUUUAAACCUUUGUCUAAGGAGAGGUCCAGAAGUGAAUCCAACGAGACCUAUGAAUUCCCAGCAUCUAAACAUGCUGCAGCAGCCGCCGCACUGUCUCCAGCAGUUUAUCCAACCUCUGUCAAGAGCAAUGUCUAUGAAGAUGAAGAGAUUAUCCCCGCUGUUCCUGCCACUCAGGUCACGACCAUCGAACUGGCUGCAAUAAGUCAGCCGACGUUAAUAUUGACCGCGCCUGUCCACUGGCCGUCAGCACCAAUGAAUCUCUCCACCGCUCAUGUCCAGUUAUCAAGUCACAAGGAAGACAGACUUACACUUCCUACAACUUCGCCUAUCUCACCGGUUGCUAUAGAAACAGCUUCUGAAACUACAACAAAUAGCAUUAACCUCCAAGCCCAAAACUCACCGAAGAACAGGAAGAGACAUUGGUCACAUGACCUGAAUGACUUAAACGCAGAAAUCACUAAGUCUGCUCCAACCCAGAAAGCGAAUGGAAAUGUCUCUCUAAAGACCCCCCAAUCCAAAACCACACCAGCGUUAUCAAAGUCCACCGUAGUGCCUUCCAAAAAAUCCAAUUCUUCUGUGGCUUUCCGCAAAAAAAUGACAGCCGUGAGAAAAUUAAAUUUUGAUAUCGAUACAACAUCCCCAGUUUCAGGAACAAUUAUCAAGGAAGCGGCAGACUUCCACCCGGAGGAAGGCCGCAUUGUGUAUGGUGACAUUGAGCCAAGUUUUAACUGCGUGGAGGUGACACCAGAGGCCAGGGCAGAACUGGACAAAAUCGACAACAAAAUUGGUGACUACAUCUGUCAGCUGUGCAAGGAGUUUUACCAGGACGCUUUUCAGUUGGCACAGCACAGGUGUUCUCGUAUUGUCCACGUAGAGUACCGUUGUCCAGAGUGUGAAAAAGUCUUUAACUGUCCAGCCAAUUUAGCCAGCCACAGACGAUGGCACAAACCCAGGGCUAAUGGUCAAGUGAAAUUAAACGGACAGACAAGGACCCAUCACGCCAAUCAGAAAAUUGCACCAAAGCCAGAAUCUGUGGUUGCCGAUAAGAAUAGUGACAUGUUGAUAUCAAGCGAUGCGGCUUCCGAUGAAGAAGUGUCCGUCUCUGACAGUUGUCACAAUAGCCAGCCUGUGUCAAUCUCUGACAGCUGUCACGUUGGCCAAACAGUGUCAGUCUCUGACAGCCGCCACAUUGGCCAGCCCGACACACAGACAGAACAGAUCAAGGUGCCGGGGGAAGGGCAGGCUACUCACAUCGAUUCUCUCAAACCUCCUUACAGAUACAUUGCAGCAGCUGCCGCUAAUGCAAUGAAGAUAGAGCGAGUUUCCCCUGUAGACCUCCAGGUUAACGCUGCAGGCAAUCAGCCCGAGUCUGCUUCCGGUGCCAGCAAACAGUCGGAAGUCUCAACUAAUGAGCGUCCCAUAGCGUGGCCCAUGAGAAUUGGGUCAGUGAUAGCUGCCAACCCAUUACGUGCCUCGACACUGGCUAGUUCCCUGACGGCAGAAGAAAGAUCCUUAGUUCUGCAAGUCCUGAGCAGCCACAACCUCCAGUACCAAACAACAACUACCAUGUCAACAAACACUGUCAUGACACCGCACGUGUCGGAAAGUUUCUCGGGAAAAGAUUCCCAGAACAUAAAGCUUGACCUAUCACCGCACAUUCCAGACACUAAAAAGUUGGUCUCUAAUUCAACGUCAGCACGCACUACUGAUGAGCAAAAUGAACAGUUAUCUCCCCUGAGUCUUACCAUCAAAGAGCAAGCAAUAAAUGCACAAGGUAAAACUACUGAGUUCAGUCAGCUCCAGCCAGUUGUCUCCCCCUUUGAAUGUCCUUUAUGUGGCAAGAAGUUUUUAAGACAGCCCUACCUGAGGAAGCAUCUUCAAACACAACACGAAGAGCAGUUCAAGAAAGCGGUCAAGAGCUUCACGCAUAAAGAGGAAAGCAAGGUCAUUUCUGUGAGUGAUGUCAUGACGAACCAAAGUCAGGCUGGCAGAGUCAUUUCUGUGAGUGAUGUCAUGACGAACCAAAGUCAGGCUGGCAGAGUCAUUUCUGUAAGUGAUGUCAUGACGAGCCAAGGUCAGGCUGGCCGAGUGCAGGUCAACUGCAGCGUAUGUCGAAAGACGUUCAGUAGUGAGUCUGCGCGCCUUAAACACGAGACAUCCAGUCACGGGCUGGCAGGCACCUUGUCUUGCAGGACCUGCGCCAUGAACUUUAGCAGCAAAGCUGCCCUGGACAAACAUUCAAGGUCAGCGCACGCCACGGAGACAUUUGCCUGCAAAUACUGCACCAGUAUGUUCCACAGCUCGCCAGGACUGACCAGACACAUCAACAAAUGUCAUCCAACAGAAAACAGACAGGUGAUUCUUCUGCAGCUUCCUGCUUCCAGGACAUGCUGAUGAUAAGCUUAGAUUGUCUUGAACAAUAACAUUAACUUUAGACUUAGCCGAUGAGAGUCCAUUAGGUCCAGUUAAGUGUCAGUUAUGACAUUCAAGUUCAUUUUAGCAAAUACUAGUCAAUAAAACACGCAGUCCAACAGUAGAAAAAACAAAAAGGGGUGCUUCACAUAAAUCAGUACAUCAGUAGCAUAUUAAGCUAAGAUGCUUUAUACAGUAGCUUCAUACAAAGUUUCUUCCAAUAAAAACGAUGUAAAUCUACAACUAAAUAGCCUUGACUUUAGCAGUGUGAGAACCCUGAUUGUAUUCUACAACUAAAUAGCCUUGACUUUAGCAGUGUGAGAACCCUGAUUGUAUUCUACAACUAAAUAGCCUUGACUUUAGCAGUGUGAGAACCCUGUAUUCUACAACCAAAUAGCCUUGACUUUAGCAGUGUGAGAACCCUGUAUUCUACAACUAAAUAGCCUUGACUUUAGCAGUGUGAGAACCCUGUAUUCUACAACGUGUUCAAAUACAAAAGAACUAUUCAUGAACGCUUUAGUUUGUGUCCUGACAAGUUGCAGUCCGAGUCUCGCUCAGUUCAUUAUCACAAGUCUCUCGGGAAAUGUCGGAGGCAAUCACAGGAACAAAACCCUGCGUUCAAUGGCCUGACGCCAAUCAAAGAAAGAAUUUUAUUUGAUCAUUGUUCAUCUGCUAACAUUUGUUUACAAAUAUCUGCUUCAAAUAUUGACGUGCUUCAAAUUUAUCUAUCUCUAUUUUGUAUCAAUAUUUGUAUCCUUUACUUCCUAUUAUUUGUACUAGGUUUGUGUGUGUGUGUGUGUGUGCAAUACUGUUCAUAUUUUUUUCAAGUAUUACCUGACCUAUAUAUGUGACCUACUUGAAUGACCUACUUUAGCAGUUCUCUACACGUGCAGUGGUGACUCUAUUGACCAAUGGCCUUACUCGAAAGCAUUCUGUUGUUAUUUUUGUUUCCUUCCACAUUCCAAAUUGUCUUGAAGGAUGUAAAUAGUUCAUAUACAAACUAGUGUUUUUGUUACUUUCUCCUUUGGAAGAGUUAGACACACUGCUGUUUGAGUAUUAUGAAAGAGAAGAGGUAUAUAUACUGCUGUUUGCGUAGCAUAACUUUAUUAUUUUUUGUUUUUUGUAAGCAUCUAAUUAUACUUUUUAAACAAUUGUUUCGUGGUUUGAAAAUUCAAUUGUACUUUUGGGUUUAAAAAGGAUGAAAACAAAAAAUGUGACUUGAGAUUCAUAAAAACGAAACUAAAAAAAAUACUUGAUAUUAAAAUAUUAUUUUAUUACAUCAUUCCUUGCACAUAUUAUUAGAUACAGAUUCAAGUGCAAACAUUCUUAUGGACUACGACGAUAAGUGCUUGAGAUUUCCCAGUUCCCAGUCGAUUAAGAACACUACAUGACUAGUAAACACUACAUGACUAGUAAACACUACAUGACUAGUAAACACUACAUGACUGGUAAACACUACAUGACUGGUAAACACUACAUGACUGGCAAACACUACAUGACUGGCAAACACUACAUGACUAGUAAACACUACAUGACUGGCAAACACUACAUGACUAGUAAACACUACAUGACUGGUAAACACUACAUGACUGGUAAACACUAUAUGACUGGCAAACACUACAUGACUGGCAAACACUACAUGACUGGUAAACACUAUAUGACUAGUAAACACUACAUGACUAGCAAACGUGGAAAAAAAGUCUUUUUUUUUUGGUUCACGCAUGAGUAAGCUCACAUUAUCUGCUGUACUAGAGUCUGACUAGAGAUUAGAAUGUAGUCUCGACCAGGGCAACACUUGUGAUAAACCCAGUGUCUACAAUUUUUCAUACAUUGUGUAUAAAUCUUUAUUUAGAACUACUGAAUUUCGUUGUGUAAAGUCGAAUCCGGGUUUGUAGUUGAUAGUGGAAAGUUGACUAAAAAGUGGAUCCACAAUUCAGAGUGCAAUCUACAUGAUUUAUUCACAUUUUGUUGUGCAAUCUUAUCUACUUGAUUUAUCCACAUUUUAGUGUGCAAUCUUAUGUACAUGAUUUAUCCACAUUUGAGUGUGCAAUAAGGUCUCAACAAUUUUUAUUUUUUGAAAUAUUUUUUUGUUUGUUUUUGGAACCAACAACAACUUGUUACACUAUGUGCAGUAUCGAUACAUAUAGUUGUUACUCUAUGUGCAGUAUCGAUACAUAUAGUUGUUACUCUAUGUGCAGUAUCGAUACAUAUAGUUUUGUGUUCUUAGUUCAAGUAUCGACACAUCUAGUACUGUGUAUAUUCUUUUAGAAAGAACAUCUUUUGUUUAUUUUACAUAGUUUUCUAUUGCCUUUUAUUUGUGUGUGUUUGUAUUUUAUUCAUUUCCACACUUUAAAAAAUAUUUUUUUUUUGUUUUGAGUUUGAUACAAUUAUAUGUACAAUGUUGUCUAUGGACUAGAUCUUAUACCAUAUCAAACAAAACAAAUUAUACAUAUUUUUGUAUACUUUACAAAUACCAUUGUUUAUCUUUUAGAAUCCAUUGUCAAAAGUCAACAUUCUGACCGUACUGAAUUGUUUCUCUUUGUUUUCACUGCGCUGUGUCUGCUGAGUCAGUCACGUGACACGUCAGGACAAGGACACUUGAAGAGAAAUAAAAUCCAAUGAAAACAAUGUCGAGUUGAUUUGGAAGAUUUCCCUUCAUGUUUGUAGCUGUGUUUGUUGUUGUUUGUUGUUUUAGCGAUACCUCUAAGGGCAUAAGCCGCUUAUGGAUCUGUACAGUCUGACUCACUUGAUAUCUAUAUUAUAAAGUAGAAUGUGAGGUGUAUGUAUGUAUGUAUGUAUGUAUGUAUGUAUGUAUGUAUGUAUGUAUGUAU